AUGAAGCGAAUCUCGUCAUCCAGAAACAGAUGCCUGUGGUCUGUUUCAGUGUUUGGCUUUAUGGGAUGCCUAUACUGCAUUCAUUUACUCUUCAUGAUUAAUCAAUCCUUGGUAUUCUUGCCUGAUGAAACUAGCGAAUUUCCCAAUAAUCAUGAUCACAACGACGAUGUUGAUCUUGCAUCAGAGGAGGAACUGAAGUUUCCUACAUUCUCAUCAACCGGCCUAGCCACUGAUGGUGGUGCAAACUUGUUGCAGAAGUUUCUUGACAAGGAUUCAGAAAUCAGGACGUUUAUAUUUCCUGACGCUACAAAUGCUAUCGAUCCGAGGAAGGGGAAUGAUCAGUUCUAUUACUAUCCAGGAAGAAUAUGGCUGGACUUGGAUGGGAAUCCAAUCCAAGCUCAUGGAGGUGGAAUUCUGUAUGAUAAGAUAUCAAGAAAGUACUAUUGGUACGGGGAAAACAAGAAUGGUCCCACCAAAGCUGGUCUCAUAAAAGACCUUCCCAGGGUUGACAUUGUUGGAGUUGGUUGCUAUUCUUCCAAUGAUCUGUGGACUUGGAAGAAUGAGGGCAUUGUACUCAAAGCGGAGGAAACCAACAAGAAUCAUGAUCUAUACAAGACCAAUGUUCUGGAGAGGCCUAAAGUGAUUUACAAUGAGGAAACAGGUAAGUAUGUAAUGUGGAUGCAUAUUGAUAAUGGAUAUUACAACAAAGCCGCCGUUGGGGUUGCUAUUAGCGGCUCUCCAACUGGUCCGUUUAGUUAUCUAUACAGCAUGAAUCCUCAUGGAUUCGAUAGCAGGGAUAUGACAGUAUUCAAGGACGACGAUGGCACAGCUUAUCUGUUUUAUGAUUCAUUGCACAACUUAGAUAUGCAUGUAAGUCAGCUAAGUCGAGAUUAUCUUCACGUUACAAAUGUGGUGAAGAUCUUAGUAGGAAAGCACAGGGAAGCCCCUGCAGUGUUUAAGCACCGCGCAAUGUACUACAUGAUCACAUCAGGCUGCACUGGUUGGGCACCUAAUGAGGCGCUGGUUCAUGUGGCCGAAUCAAUCAUGGGACCGUGGGAAGUUCUCGGGAAUCCUUGUGUUGGAGCAAACAAAAUUUUCCGAGAUGCUACAUUCUUUUCUCAGAGUACAUUUGUGCUUCCUAUGCCAGGAGCACCUCCUGGCACAUUUGUUUUUUUGGCUGAUCGUUGGAAGCCAGAGGACUUGCGAGACUCGAGAUAUGUAUGGCUGCCUUUAACAGUGGAGCAAGAAGCAUAUUCAGAAUCUCCAGGUGAUCCUGUUAUACCAGAAGUAUCAAUCUAUUGGCAUAAAAGGUGGAAAAUACCUUACAAGAGGAGCAGCAAUGAUUCAUCUUCAAAGUUUCUCAUACCGUAG